AUGCAAGUCAUAACCAUAAUAAAAUAUUUUAAAAAGAGCCAACGAUUGACUUCACUUUUGAGAAAAUUCAGUCAGGGCCAAGAUUCUACACGAACACUAAAAUUGCCUUGUGUUACUAGAUGGGGAAGUCAUAUUACUUCAUUAAAAAGUUUAAAAGCAAAUAGAUCAGCUUUGCAAAUAUUGGCAGUUCGAGAAGACGUGGAAAUCGCAAGAGAUAUUAAAGAUUUAAUUCUAAGUGAUGAUUUUUGGACGAAGACAGACCCUACAACUCAGGGAUUAGAACUUACUCAAGAUGAAGAACUUCAGGGUAUGGAGUUUAUCUACAAUUUAAGUCAAUACUUGAGUUUGUUUAAUGUAAUGGCAGAUUUGGCGUGUUACAAAGCUAAAGAAAACUUUUGGGCCAGACGAUUUCUAUGGAGCUCAUUAGAUAGUAUUGAGCUCAUAAUAAGGUGGAAAGGUAUUUGUGGUUCCACCGAGCUUAGCAAAGUAGCGAUUCGUAUUCUAUCAGCUCCGUGUACUUCUGCAGCCACCGAGCGUUCCUUUAGUAUUCAAGGCUACAUACAUAAUAACAAAAGAAAUCGACUUGCAACUGAAAGAGCUGAAAAAAUUUCAUUCAUUUGUUAUAACUGGAAUCUUAAACAUAAACAUGAACACGAAAACAUUCAGUUUCAUGAAGAAAAUGAAGAAGAAAAUGUCAUAGAAGCUUUCAUCGAUGAAGUAAAUGACUAUAAUAGUUCAGACGAGAUGGAACCUAUCCAAUUUGUCGUCUGUAACAAUGUUGAAUCGGAUAUUGAUUGA